AUGAUUGAAAAGCGAGGAGCCUGGGUGGAGGUGAGGCUGUUGAAUGGCACAGGGAGGUGCUCAGGCCGCGUGGAGGUGCUUGUCCAGGGCACGUGGGGGACCGUGUGCGAUGACCUCUGGGACCUGCCUGAGGCAGCUGUUGUGUGCCGCCAGCUGCAGUGUGGCCAGGCGGUGGCGGCCCCCACAGGGGCCCACUUCGGGGCAGGCUCCGGAAAGAUCCUGCUGGACGAUGUGCAGUGUGUGGGCAGCGAGAGCCACCUGGGGCAGUGUGUGUACAGGGGCCAGGCUGGGCACAACUGCGGGCACCUGGAGGACGCCGGCGUCAUCUGUGCAGGAGCCUGGGUGGACGUGAGGCUGCUGAAUGGCACGGGGAGGUGCUCGGGCCGCGUGGAAGUUCUCAUCAAGGGCACCUGGGGGACUGUGUGUGACGACCUCUGGGACCUGGCUGAGGCUGCCGUUGUGUGCCGCCAGCUGCAGUGUGGUCAGGCGGUGGCAGCCCCCACAGGGGCCCACUUUGGGACAGGCUCUGGAAGGAUCCUGCUGGACGACGUGCAGUGUGUGGGCAGCGAGAGCCACCUGGGGCAGUGUGUGCACGGGGGCUGGGCCAGGCACAACUGCGGGCACCUGGAGGAUGCUGGCGUCAUCUGUGCAGAAAACAUAUUGAUUGGGUCCACCUACGGGCCAGGCCGUGUGCUAGGCACUGGCAUUAUGGAAGUGAACCUGGCUGACCCCAUCUGCGUGCUUGUGGAGCAGCCAGAACAUUCAGACAACAAACACAGAAAUAAGUACAUACAAUGGAGGGAAGCCCUUCAUGCCCUCAGCCUGGCCUGCGACUCCACAGACCACACACCUGUCCACAGGUAG